AUGGUGACAGGUGUGCGCCAUAACGAGCAGCCUGUGAUCUGCAACUUCCGGAGCUCAGUAUGUCAGGCCCUGGUUCUGGAGAUAGGAGAGACUGUGCAGAUCCUGGAGAAGACUGAAGGCUGGUACAGAGGGUUUUCCACCAAGAAGCCUUCCAUCAAGCAGGGUAUAUUCCCAGCCAGCUAUGUCCACCUGAAGAAAUCCACAGUCAGCAACAGAGGUUUCUAUAACUGUGUGUCUCACCCUAGGUUGUGUGAGACGGUGGUGCCUCUGGAAGAUCCUAUCAUCACUGAGACCACCUCCACCCUGCAGGAAUGGGGCGUGCUGUGGAAGCAACUCUACGUGAAGCACAAGGUGGACCUGUUCCACAAACUGCGUCAUGUGAUGAAUGAGCUCAUCGACCUGCGCCGGCAGCUCAUCCAGGGUCACCUGGCCCAAGACCAGACCAGAGAGAUCAAACGCCACAUUACUGUGCGCCUGGACUGGGGCAACGAGCACCUUGGCUUGGACCUUGUUCCUAGAAAGGAGUUUGAAAUGGUGGAUCAGGAUCAUAUCAGUGUAUCUGAACUCUACAAAUUGCAUGCAUCCAGCCGACACAGUGGCCAGCCAAGCACAAACCAGUGUUCGUCGUCCGUUCGUUCUCAGGGCGACAACAUGCGUCAGCGUCAUGGAGAUGGUUGCCAUGUUCCGGUGCAGCACCACCUCUUCAUCAACUUGAAGAGCUUCACCUAUAACACCAUCAGCGAGGACGCAGAUGUCUUCUUCUCCCUCUACGACACCCGCGACAACAAACAGAUCAGUGAGAAGUUUAUGGUGAGACUAAACAAAAAUGGAGGGCCAAAGAACCCAGAGAAAGUGGACCGUCUGUGCGCUCUCUUCACGGAUCUGAGCAGUAAGGACUUGAAGAGAGACCUGUACAUUGUGACACAUGUCAUACGAACUGGUCGUAUGUUGUUGAAUGACUCAAAGAAGGGUCUGCCCCACGUGCAGUACAGGAGACCGUAUGGCUGUGCUGUCCUGGCCAUGAGUGACGUGUUCCACACCAUCACUGACCUCAAAGAGGAGAAGGACUUUGUACUCAAAGUUUACACAUGUAAUAAUGAGAACGAGUGGUUUCAGAUCCACGAGAACAUCAUACGGAAGUCCAGCACAAAGUACUCAGCCCCUAGCACCAACUAUGGCCUCAUCAUCUCUCUACAGCUGCUGCGGGGGGAGCUGGAUCAGAUCAGGAGGGAGAACCAGGCUGUGUUCAGCAGGGCUCUGGCCAUCACACGCAAACUGGGCUUCCCUGAUGUCAUCAUGCCAGGUGACAUUCGUAAUGACCUGUACCUGACCCUGGAGCGAGGGGACUUUGAGAGGGGGGGCAAGAGUGUCCAGAAAAAUAUUGAGGUCACUGUGUAUGUACUUUACGCCGAUGGGGACACACUCAAGGACUGUAUCAGUCUGGGUAGUGGGGAGCCCAACACCAGUGAACACCGCUCUUUUGUCCUGUACCACAACAACAGCCCUCGCUGGAGUGAGAUGAUUAAACUACCCAUCCCCAUAGACCGCUUCAGAGGAUCACAUCUGCGCUUUGAGUUCAGACACUGUUCCACUAAAGACAAAGGGGAGAAGAAGCUGUUUGGUUUUGCCUUCACUCCUCUGAUGAGGGAGGAUGGGACCACGCUGUCAGACGAGAGCCAUGAGCUCUAUGUCUAUAAGUGUGAUGAGAAUACAACUUUCAGUAACCAGGGCCUGUACCUGAGCAUGCCCUGCUGUAAAGAGGACUUCAACAGCUGCCCCAACCUGCCCUCCACCCUGCCCUUCCAGAGGAACCCCAAGGAGACCUUCUGGGUCUCCACACAGCUCUGCUCCACCAAGCUCACUCAGAACGUGGACCUCCUGGCUCUGCUGAACUGGAAAGCCCACCCUGACAAGGUGUUAGAUAUCUUGGGUCAACUACGCCACAUCAACGGAGAGGAGAUUGUCAAGUUCCUACGAGAUGUCCUGGAUACACUAUUUUGUCUCCUGGAUGACAACACAGAUAAAUACGGACCACUGGUUUUCCAGUCAUUGGUGUUUAUCAUCAACCUGCUCAGGGACAGUCGUUUCUACCACUUCCGGCCUGUUAUGGAGGCAUACAUACAGAACCACUUUGCAGGAGCUCUGGCCUACAAAGAGCUGAUUCGCUGUCUGAAGUGGUACAUGGACCGCUCUGCUGAGGUUGUCAGACAGGAUCACAUCCAGGAGGCCAUGAGGGCUCUGGAGUACCUGUUGAAGUUUAUCGUCCAGUCUCGGAUCCUGUACUCGCGAGCGACCUGUGGUAUGGAGGAGGAGCUGUUCAGGGCCAGCAUCCAGGAGCUCUUCCAGUCCAUCCGCUUUGUGUUGAGUCUGGACAGCCGCAGCUCAGAGACCCUCGUCUUCACACAGGCGGCGUUAUUGAACAGUUUCCCAGACAUCUUUGACGAGCUGCUGCAGAUGUUCACAGUGCAGGAGGUGGCUGAGUACGUCCGGGGCACGCUGGGGAGCAUGCCCAGUACGGUGGACAUCGGUCAGUCUAUGGACGUGGUCAAACUGCAGUCUAUCGCCCGCACCGUCGAGAGCAGGCUCUUCUUCUUCCCUGAGUCUCGUAGUAUCUUGCUGCCGGUGGUCCUGCAUCACAUCCACCUGCACCUGCGCCAGCAGAGGGAGCUGCUGAUCUGCUCAGGAAUCCUCACUAGCAUUUUCUCCAUCAUCAAUACCAGCGCUAUGGAGUCUUCUGUUCAGGAGGAGGUAGAGAUGAUGGUGGAGAGCCUGUUGGAUGUUCUGCUCCAGACUCUGUUGUCCAUUAUGUCCAAGUCUCAGUCUCUGGAGACAGCUAGGGGGCAGCGCUGUCCCCAGUGCACGGCUGAGAUCACGGGGGAGUAUGUGUCCACUCUGCUGUCUCUACUUAGACAGAUGACAGAGGUCCACUUCCACCACCUGCUCAACAACUUCCACAGCAAAGAGGAACUCAAGGAGUUCCUGUUGAAGAUCUUCUGUGUGUUCCGGAACCUGAUGAAGCUCACCAUCUUCCCCCGAGACUGGAGUGUCAUGAGACUUCUGACCAGCCAUGUCAUUGUGGUGACAACACAGUACCUGUCCCCAGCGUUACACAAGAACUUCUCUGAGGCGGAUUUUGACUUCAAGGUGUGGAACUCUUUCUUCAGCCUGACGGUCCUGUACAUCAACCAGCCCAGUCUGCAGCUGGAGCCCCUCACACAGGCCAAGAGGAAGAAAGUCCUGGACAAGUAUGGAGACAUGAGAGUGAUGAUGGCCUAUGAGCUCUUCAGCAUGUGGCAGAAACUUGGUGAGAAUAAGCCCCACUUUAUCCCUGGAAUGAUGGGUCCAUUCCUGGGAGUGACGCUCGUGCCUCAGAGCGAGGUCCGGAAUAUCAUGAUUCCCAUCUUCCAUGACAUGAUGGACUGGGAGCAGAGGCAGAACGGCAACUUCAAACUGGUGGAAGCAGAGUUGAUGGACAAGCUGGAGAGUAUGGUGUCAGAUGGGAAAGGGGAUGGCAAUCACAGAGAGCUUUUUGGUCUGCUGACCCAGUUGUUUGGGCCUUACCCCAGCCUGCUUGAGAAAAUUGAGCAGGAGACGUGGAGAGAGACGGGCAUCUCAUUUGUCACCUCCGUCACGAGACUGAUGGAGCGGCUGCUAGAUUACAGGGAGUGUAUGAAAGGAGAUGAAAUGGAGAACAAGAAAAUUGGUGGCUCUUCCAACCUCAUGAACUUCUACAAGUCUGAGAUGAACAAGGAGGAGAUGUACAUCCGCUACAUCCACAAGCUGUGUGAUCUGCACCUGCAGGCAGAGGACUACACAGAGUCAGCGUUCACCCUGCUUCUGUACUGGGAGCUGCUGCACUGGGAGGACCGCCCCCUCAGAGAGUUCCUCCACUACCCCACACAGAGCGAGUGGCAACGCAAGGAGGGCCUCAGUCGCAAAGUCCUCCACUAUUUCAACAAGGGAAAGUGUUGGGAAUAUGGAAUAUCACUCUGUCGGGAACUGGCUUUCCAGUAUGAAACCUUAUAUGAUUACCAGAGUCUGAGCUGGAUAAGGAAAAUGGAAGCUGCGUACUAUGACAACAUCAUAGAACAGCAGAGGAUUGAACCAGAGUUCUUCAGGAUGGGCUUCUAUGGCAGGAAGUUUCCAUUUUUCCUUAGGAAUAAGGAAUUUGUGUGCCGGGGUUAUGACUAUGAACGACUUGAGGAUUUCCAGCAAAGAAUGCUGGGAGAAUUCCCACAGGCCAUUGCCAUGCAGCACCCCAACCAACCAGAUGACGCCCUCCUACAGAGUGAUGCUCAGUACCUGCAGAUCUAUGCGGUGACCCCAGUGUCAGACAUUACUGAUGUGCCUCAGCUGGAGCGUGUCCCAGAGAGGAUCAAGAGCUUCUACCGCAUCAACAAUGUCACUCGCUUUCACUACGACAGACCCUUCCACAAGGGACCCAAGGACAGGGAGAAUGAGUUCAGAAGCCUGUGGAUUGAGAGAACCACCCUGAUUCUGUCUCGUCCCCUCCCUGGAAUCUCCCGCUGGGCUGAGGUGGAGAGGAGAGAACUGGUGGAGGUGAGCCCUCUGGAGAAUGCCAUCUACGUGGUGGAGAAUAAGACCCAGGAGCUGCGGACCCUGAUCAGCCAGUAUCAGCACCGGCAGCACCAUGGCAACAUCAACCCCCUCAGCAUGCUGCUCAACGGGGUCAUAGAUGCUGCAGUCAACGGGGGCAUCGCCAGAUACCAGGAGGCAUUCUUUGAUAAGGACUACAUCAACAGUCAACCAGAGGACACAGAGAGGAUAGCUCAGCUAAAUGACCUGAUGCAGGAACAGGUUCACAUCCUUGGAGUGGGGCUGGCUGUCCACGAGAAGUUGGUGCACCCAGAAAUGCGUCCUCUGCACAAAAAGCUGAUAGAUCAGUUCCACAUGAUGAGGGCUGGUUUACACCAGUCUUUAUAUGUGGCCCAACAGGGGUUGCCAGCGGCCUACACAGGGGUCAACUCUCCCAGAGGCAUCCUGACCACUCACAGCCACAUGAGCCCAGAGAGCGUUCGUCUGAUACACAGACACAGCCCUAUGAACCUGCAAGGUUCUAUACGCCAGUCCUCCUCCUCCCUCUCUUCUCACACCUCCAGCGAGGCGGGAGGAAACCUGGUCAUCCUGACAGAUGGCCUGAUGGGAGAGCCCCCUGAGGAUACGGCACACAUGCAGCCAAGCCCCUCCUCCUCCAGUCUGAGCUCCAUUCGCUCCACCUCUUCCCAGAUAAUCAACUCCGCCCCUUCCAGCGCUAGAGGCUCUCCGUCCCUACCGGAUAAAACCAAACACAACCGGGAGGUGAUGAUUCUGCUGCCCCCUCACCAGAGAACUAACAACACCAUGUACUACAGCAUGACUGACAACGGACAGAGCAACAAUCUGCAGCGUGCCUUACUCCAACAAGUGAGCCCCUGUAAGCCAUGCGUUGAUCCUCACACGGGCUUGCCAGAGAAAGGCAAGUAUACUGAAUUGUUCCCUAGUGCCCCCAGCAGCUGGAGUCUAGAUGGGGAGGGUAGGGAGACAGUACCCUACAUCCAGGGACCCACAGGGGGUGUUAUCAUGCCCCCCGUCCCGCCCAGGUCCUUCCCACCAGGUCACUUCCUGAUGCACUUUGAUGCGUUCCACCACCAGAACAGUGACCCACCCCCAGCACUGCCCAUUCGCUCUCUCAGAAAGUCUCCUCUCCACCCCAUACCAGGCUCCCCUACCAGUCCUCAGUCAGCCCUGGGGGGCAGUAACUCCACCCUCUCGGGCAGUGCCAGCAGUGGCGUCUCCUCUCUGAGUGAGAGUAACUUUGGGGGCCAGUACCCUGAUCCCCCCGUGCGAAAUGAUGCCAUGGAGCCCGUCCCCAGCCACCUGUGGACCCCUGAAGAGUACCUAGACUCUCCUUACCUCCACAUCCACUACAGCGGGCCAGAAGCAGAGUCCCUCGACCAGGUCCGACCCUUCCACUACCGCAGCCCUGUCUCACACCUCCACCCUCACUCCCACCCCCAGUCUCACCCCCAACCGGCCGGCCUCGACGGUCACCCCCACCCCCAGUCUCACCCCCAACCGGCCGGCCUCGACGGUUACCCCCACCCUCACUCCCAUGGGCCCACCCACCACCAGAUACCACUCCACGGCCCCCACCGCAUUCCUUACCGGCGCCCCCACCCCGGCUGUGCCCCCAAGCCCUACCUGAGGGAGGGGUGCAUCCCUGAGGAGGACCUGAGCUCUCUGUUGCCCCAGCCCAUCCCCCUGCCUCGGAGGAUCUUCCACUCCCCCCAUAGCCACAGAGAGGAGCAAGCCAAGGCUGCAUGGGAGCAGUGCAUCAGCGAGGAACACGAGGAGACACCAUGAGGAGACCAUCUUUGGCUUCAUCUCAAUAGUCUAUUAUAUUAUAGUACUAAAGUGCUGGGCCUCUUGGAGAUUUCAGUCACCUCGGUGCAUCUAAAUAGUUUAAAGUGACUCCCUCCCCCCUGUCUCCUUUCCUUCAGCUGCAUUGAUGUGAAAGAUCAUGGGCUGUGGAAUCAUGCAAAUACAUUGUAGUCAUUGACCAUAUUGCUUUCAUGCUUUCAUCCAUCCCAUGUUUUCAUAUCAGUGCAGGUAAAGGGGAGGAAACAAGGAGAGGAAUCCACUUUAGACUAUUGAGAUACGCCCUCAAUCUUCUCACUGUAUUCAGACGGUCUGAUUCUGAAUGGAAGAAGCAGCCUCAUAAGAAUUAAUAAGGGAAAUAUUAUCUGUUGGACAAUGUGACCGAUAAUAAUGACUUUGUUUAAAUUAAUAUUGAUUGUACACUCUUCUACAACUAGUAUGUGAGCAUGUUUAGUUUAUUUUCAUUAGAGAACAAUAUACAGCCGUUUUGUGAAACAUGACGAUCUCGAUCAACAUGAUCAAACGAUACAAACUCCGAAAGGACCCCCCCCUUUUCCACAACAAAAGGCAACUACAGAAAGUUAUAUUCUUAGUAAAGUGAUGUUGUCUUUUCUGCUUUCAAUGCUACAUAUAUCUAACCUUUUAUUUUGAUAGCUUUGCUACAGUAUGUAUGGGGUUUCCAUGCUCUUUUUUUUUUUUUUUUUUUUUUUUUACAAAACACUGUUUAGUCCUUCGCCAUAUGGCAUUCUCCCAUACUCUGUUCUGAUACUUGGUUCUCAUUGAAAGCAAGUCUGUUAUUUGACCUGGGUCGCUCUUCUCAACCCAAACCUCAAAGGACAUAUAAACCUCAGUCUAGGAGUAUUCAUCCAUACGGUACGUAUGGAAAACCAAUGUGAAUGUAUUUAAACAAGAUGUGCUAUUUGUAUUACACAAGUGGCAGGUCUUAUUUUCUGUUAAUGUGUUUUAUAUUUAAGUUAUGUAUCUAUUCCAGUCUUCUAAUCUUUUGUGUACCAGAUAGAAAUGUCUCAUGAGAGGAGCAUGAGUGUUCUCUGACUGACAGAUCUGAUCAAUCAUUGGGAGGGGUACAAGGAAGGGGUGAAAUUGUCAGGUGCUGGAACAACAGUGAGUUCCAAUUUCAGUUGCACAGGUUGAGCUGGAUCCAAUAGGACUGGAUUGAUCCCUGAAAGUAGAUGGUGAUGGAGACGAAUAUGUGGUAAAAUGAGAAGUAACGAAGAAUAAUGAAGAAUAAUGACUUAACAGUACCUCAAUCACCUAUUGGACUAACUGUACUCAGAAAACCAGUAUCACACCCUCUCUCUGCCUCUAUAUGUUUCAGGCCAAUGUCAACCAACAAGUACUAAAUAUGGACCGUGUGUAAAUGGACUGAUGGCAAUGCCAUUGCUUCUGUCUGAUUUACAGUACAACUUACCUGUUUUAAUCACCCCCACACCCUCUGUGCACCCCCCUCCGCCCACCUGCCUUAAGUGCACUGAAUUGCAGUAUCAAUCUCUCGCUCAGACAACUCACUUGACUGGUUCUGAGAAACUCGUGAAAAUGACAGUUCUCCUUUCUCGUCACUUUCUCAACACUCUCCGAACAAAGCAGAUAAUAUCAACGUGUGACAUCUGUUUCGUCCUGCCUUGGUUGACGAUGUGGUGCUACAGUAAUACUUUCUGCCUGCAUCUCCUCUUCACCCUGAUCUGCAAUAUGGACAUGUUUGUGUAUAGAAGAUUAGUAUGAGUAGCUCAGACAGGACCAUGAGUUUGAUCUCCUUGGGGAAUGAAGGUACAACAGACAGUUAGCUGAGAUGUAACGUAGAACUCACCACCAGUGGGUUGGAAAGUGGAGGUCAGUGUUCCAACGACAGCUCUUUGUUUCACACAGUCCUUUUCUGCAGGUAAAUGCUUGGUUUUGUGUUCUUGUAAAUCAGGUUCUCCACUGAUCAGACAUCUAUUUUUGUAUGCAGGUUCAUCAGUGUUGACGUUUUUCACUGAUGUACCAUGAAAGUAUGCAGGGUAUGUUUAGCAGUGGAAUUAGUAUGGAACAGCGGAGCUAUAGAUUAAAUAAGAUGAAUAUCAGGUGUAGGGGCAAGCUGAUGUUGAGAGGUGUGAUACUCAGAUCAAAUAUAGGUACAAUAGAAUUUUUCAAUGUAAAUUCUGUUACUGUACAUACAGUGGUAUUGUGAAAUAUUUUUGAGAAUUAUUGCAGACCCCCCUAAAAUAAUUGUAUUGUUGUUUUGUGUAAAUACACGUACUCCAGAAAUGGAUAUAAUUGAUGAAUAUCUAUAAUCAAUGUUUAAAGAAGACCAAUCCAUUAGACUGUGGUGUGUCUGCAUUGUUGACUUCAAAUCUUCAAAUAUAAAUACUUUAUACACUUUUCAAUGUGCUUUCUUGUACAGAUGGUGUUAGCAUGAUCAAACAGUGUUUGGUUGUAAAAGUGGUUUGCCUACUCCCAUAACUGCUGUGGUAUGGAUUCAUUAACAAUGCCAAACAUUAAAGACAAUCUUUUAUCA